UCACUGUAAUGGCAAGGCAACGAGUGUAAACAAAGUGGUCUGGUUAACACCGUGGCUACCAACAUGCGGACGUUACAAGCCCAAAACGUUUUAACAGCUAGGUAGCUAACUAGCUAUCUCUUCUCGGGGUUGUUUUAAUAGGGUAUCCCGCAGAAAUGGACAUAGGAGGAUUCCAGGCACAAAGUAUGCGACGGAGGGACCUCCCGCCUCUUCCACAGCGUGGACAGCGUGCCCUGCCCCCCAUGUCAAGUCAAGAUACAGACGAGAUGCCGGUCCCUAAAAGAAACAGGAAGAAGUCGAAGAGUCAGGUGGAUGGUGUUGAAAGCCCAGAGGCAGACUCAGGGAUGGAGAUGGCCCAGGUGGGGGGUCUGAGCAGUCGCAGGUCAUCUGAGGUCAUCCAGGCCUUGACCCCCGAUUCGCCGGAAGCUGCACCACAGAGAAGGAGGAAGAAGAAAAAGGCAGCGACCGUAGACCUGGAGGAUGACCAGGCUGACCUGGUGAACGGGGAUGGACUGGUCCAGAACACAGCAGAGGCAGGGGAAGAAGUGACCAAAAAAAACAAGAGAAAGAAGAAGUCGAAAGUGUCAGAGACACAGUACGUCAACGAGCUUCAUGUAGAGGACGAUGACAUCAUCACAGACUCUCAGCCACCCGUCCCCCGGCAUUCCCUGUUCUCUGCUCCCCUGGGACAGAGCCAGCCUGUGGGGAAGGUGUUUGUCGAGAGGAGCAAGAGGUUUCAAGCGGCCGAUCGGUCAGACAGACCGAAGUCCAGCGAUCAGGUGGACAACUUCGUGGACAUCCAGCAGAUGUGGACCACCAAGGAUGUGUCUGUUAGGGUACAUGGUGGCUUCAGGGGGGUUGGGCUGUUCUGCCACGGCUUCCUAGCAGGCUAUGCAGUGUGGAACAUCAUAGUGAUCUAUGCCCUGGCAGGAAAACAUCUCACUACUCUGCCUAACCUACUGCAGCAGUACCACAGCCUGGCCUACCCUGCACAGUCUCUCUUCUACCUGCUACUGGCAAUAAGCACCGUGUCAGCCUUUGACAGGGUGAAUCUGGCCAAAGGCGCCAUGGCUAUGAGAGAGUUUGUCACCCUGGACCCAGUUGCUCUAGCCUCUUUUUUGUACUUCUCAUCUCUGGUCCUCUCUCUCAGCCAGCAGAUGACCAGUGACCGCAUCAACCUGUACCCCAGUGCUAACGAGACCUUAUGGCCUCCUGGGUCAGAGCACCAGAUCCUGAAUCCGUGGAUCAUAGUGAACCUGGUGGUGGCUGUGCUGGUAGGAAUGGCCUGGAUCUUCAUCUCCACUAGGCCUGAGAUGGACUACACCGAAGGAUUCCUAAUGGCUAUGGAGAUCGAGUCCUUGAGACCAGAGGAGAAAUCAGAAAUGUCUACUUGAGGAAUAGUAUUUCCAUGUUUUUCUUGCACAUCUUUUUUUGUGCUGUAUUUUAUCAGCUAACACAAAAUGUAUACCUUGUUUGAGGUAAUAAGCAGUUUAUUUUUGUAUGACCCAAAUGUGUGCUUGUUUUGUCAAAUGUAUUGAUUACCAUUGGAAAUAAUAAAAAUGUUAUCCCACUGAUAUGUCAUUUUAUGGACUUUAAACCAAACAUACCAUUUGCAGUGUAUUGACCUGAAACAGCAUGUGUCUUGUUAUAUACCACACCAUUAAAUACAGUGCCUUCAGAAAGUAUUCAUGAGUCAAAACUGUAACUCAGCCACUCAGGAACAUUCAGGGUCUUCUUGGUAAGCAACUCCAGUGUAGAUUUGGCCUUGUGUUUUAGGUUAUUGUCCUGCUGAAAGGUGAAUUAAUCUCCCAGUGUGGAAGAAAGCAGACUGAAACCAGGUUUUUCUCUAGAAUUCUGCCUGUACCCAUUCCGUACAUUUUUUUACCUGGAAAAACUCCCCAGUCUUUAAUGAUUACAUGCAUACCCAUAACAUGCUGCAGCCACCACUAUGUUUGACAAUAUGGAGAAUGGUACUCAGUAAUAUGUUAUUGGAUUUGCCCCAAACGUAACACUUUGUAUUCAGGACCAAAAGUUAAUUGCUUUGCAACAUUUUUUGCAGUAUUACUUUAGUGCCUUGUUGCAAACAGGAUGCAUGUUUUGAAAUAUUUGUAUUCUGUACAGGUUUCCUUUUUACUGUCAAUUAGGUUAGUAUUGUGGAGUGACUACAAUGUUGUUGAUCCAUUCUCAGUUUUCUGUCACAGCCAUUAAACUCUUAACUGUUUUAAACUCA